AUGAGUACUCCUUAUUCGACAAUCUCCCUCACUGCCUGCAGUUUCCUCCUCCUCCUCUGGGGUUCCGCCGCCCAACUACCCGCCGUGCUGGACGCCAACGGAAACGAGCUCGUCGUGGGAGGCGCCUACUACCUCAGCUCCACUUCCCGAGGGGCCGCCGGCGGCGACCUCUCCCUCCGCCCGGGAGCUUGCCCGCCGCCCGUAAUCCUGACCUCGUCCGACCGCCAGCCGGGCCUCCCCGCGUCCUUUUGGCCCGCUAGCGGCGUCCAAGGCGGGCCCGUCAACGUCUCGGCCAACCUGGACAUCCAGUUCAGCGACGCGGACACGUGGCAGUGCGACGCGAAUCCCGUGUGGACGGUGGGCCGUGACCCGUGGACCAGGAGUGAGGGCGUGCGGACGGGGGGAGAGCUCGGGUCGGAUAAGGACCCGGACUACUGGUUCAGGAUCCGACCCUACGGGUCAAACUACAAGCUGUCGUAUUGCUGGGCGUGCGAGAUGUGCAAGAUGAUGCCCUCGUGCAGGGACUUGAGCGUCCGGUCGGGUGAGGCGUUUGGUUUUGGUUUCGCGGGCGGAAAGGCCGUUUGA